AUGGCAUUUGUGUGGGAGAAGAUCAUGUUCGUGGACCACAACUUCGAGGACAUUGGAGCCGUGGUUGCAGACAAGAGAACCGACAAGUGGCUGCUGGUCUACUCUCCAGUCCAGAUGGGCACCAUUGUCACAAUGUACCUCGUCAUGGUGUGGGCGGGGCCACGGCUCAUGAGACACCGAGAACCCGUGGACCUCCGGAAGUUUCUCAUUCUCUAUAACAUGGCCAUGGUGGGCUUGUCGGUCUACAUGUUCCAUGAGUUCUUGACCACUUCAUGGCUUUCCAACUACAGCCUGCUCUGUCAGCCAGUAGACUUCAGCGAUAGACCGCUACCCAUGAGAAUGGCGCAGGUGUGCUGGUGGUUCUACUUGUCCAAAAUCAUCGAGCUCAGUGACACGCUCUUUUUCAUCCUGAGGAAGAAGAACAACCAGCUGACUUUCCUUCACGUCUUCCACCACACCACCAUGGUCUUAAACUGGCGGUUUGUGGUCAAGUACACAGCCGGCGGACAGUCUUUCUUCAUGGGCCUGCUCAACACUUUUGUCCACUCUGUGAUGUACGCCUACUACGGCCUGGCUGCUAUUGGCCCUCACAUGCAGAAGUACCUGUGGUGGAAGUCAUACCUCACCCUUCUGCAGCUGUUCCAGUUAGUGCUGGUUUUCAUCCACACAAGCCACAACCUUCUCAUCCGGUGCGACUUCCCGACCAUCAGCAAUCUGGUGAUGCUUGGUCACACCAGCAUCUUCAUCGUCCUCUUUAUUAACUUCUAUUAUCGCAGCUACCUCGACAAGAGGAAGCAGAAGUAA